AUGGCGGCCGGGGACUCGGAGAACAUCCGCUACUGUGCGCGCUUCUCCUACCUCUGCCUCAAGUUCACCCUCAUCACCUACUCCACGUUCUUCUGGUUGAUAGGAGCACUUGUUCUUGCUAUUGGAAUUUAUGCAGAAGUUGAAAGACAGAAGUAUAAAACCCUUGAAAGUGCCUUUCUAGCCCCAGCAAUUAUUUUAAUACUCUUGGGCAUUGUAAUGUUUCUUGUAUCGUUUGUGGGUGUAUUGGCUUCUUUAAGAGACAAUAUAUGCCUUCUUCAAGCAUUUAUGUACAUCCUUGGUAUUUGUCUCUUGAUUGAACUGGUUGGUGGAGUUGUGGCACUAAUCUUCAGAAAUCAGACAAUUGACUUUUUAAAUGAUAAUAUCCGAAGAGGAAUUAGGAAUUAUUAUGAUGAUCUGGACUUCAAAAACAUAAUGGAUUUUGUUCAAAAGCAGUUUAAGUGCUGUGGUGGGGAAGAUUUUAAAGACUGGUCACAGAAUCAGUACCAUGCGUGUUCUGCACCAGGGCCAUUAGCCUGUGGAGUGCCCUAUACUUGUUGUAUUAGAAAUAAGACAGACAUUAUGAACACUAUGUGUGGAUAUAAAAUGAUUGACAGAGAGCCUCUGAGUGUUCGAGACAUUAUAUAUAUCCGAGGAUGCACAAAUGCAGUACUCAUUUGGUUCUUAGACAACUACAGCAUCAUGGCUGGUGUCAUGCUUGGCAUAUUGUUACCCCAGUUCCUUGGAGUGUUGUUAUCUUUACUUUACAUAACUCGCGUAGAGGAUAUCAUUGCUGAAUACAAACUUAAUGAGAAUCUUUUACAAGAAACACAGCCGAAACCAGAAACUGAAUUUGCAAGCGCAGGUUGCUGUAUGUGUUAUCCUGAGUAA